AUGUCUUAUUAUCAAUGGUCAACAGAUAAAUUUAUUCGUAUAUUUGUUUUAACUUGUAUUAUGUGUAUCACUUUAAUUGGAAAUAUUUAUAUUAUAUUUAAAUUAUUUUUUCAUCAUCAUCGUACUCGUUUACAGUUAUUUAUAUUAAAUUUAGCCAUCGGAGAUUUAACUAUAUGUUUUUGCACAAUGACAUCAGAAUUAUUUCUUCUUAUCUAUGAUCAAGAAUGGAUAUUGGGAAAUAUUGCAUGCAAAUUAAUAUUGUAUAUUCAAGUUGUGACACUUGCAUCAACGACAUUUAUAAAUGUUGCCAUGACUUAUGAUCGAUAUGUAGCAGUUUGUUGUCCAUUUCGAACAUGUCAAUAUUCUGCCCGUAUUCGUUUUAUUAUAAUUCUAUGUUGGUUAAGUUCAUGUAUAGUUGCUACACCACAAUUAUUUAUAUUCCAACAAAGUCUUCUUAACGGAAGUUUAACCAAAUAUCGUUGUGCAAGUACGGGUUAUACAGCUGAAUGGCAACGUCGUAUUUAUUUUACAACAUUUGCAACAUAUGUUCUUGUGUUACCUGCUAUUUGUAUGAUUGUAUGGUACAUAAAAAUCAUACGUAUUGUUUAUACAUCAAAAAAAAUCUGGACACAAAAUAUAAAUGGUCAAACAACAGUAUUAUCAUCAACAUUUUUAACAUCUCCAACAAAAAUUAAAACAGUUAAAUUAGCUAUGACAAUUAUUGUUGUAUUUGUUGUUUGUUGGACACCCUAUAUGCUUAUUACAUUAAUUGAAAUUUAUUUUAAUAAUUGUUUUCAUAAACCAUCAUGGCUUGAUGGAGUUUUACAAACAAUAUGUUUUCUUCAAAGUGGUCUCAAUCCAUUUAUUUAUAUGGCAUUCAAUCAAGGACGAAAAUCUUCUCCAGCAAUCAUUCGUGCUGCUGCAUCGACACUUUCACAAACAUCCGAUCGAAAAAAUCCGAGACAACAACGUGGACGACGUGGUUCAAUAUUAUUUUAUUAA